CUAUUAUAUUGAAACUGCGCAUGCGCGAAUAAAGCAGUUGUGGCGAAACUGCGCAUGCGCGGGGUGAAACUGCUGGUGUAAAACAGUGUGGCUCUGCAGACAGACAGAUAUUAUUGGUAAAUGCACCUUUUAGCUGGUUUGCUCCUAAAGAAGAAGAUCCGUCGUCCACGUUGGUGUGCGUCAUUACGCAUGAACCAAGCUCUGAUGUUGUGGAGAGAGAGACGCACGGCAAAUAUAUUUUGAGGAGGGAGAGAGAGACGCAUGGCAAUGUUGUUGUUUUGAAGGAUACACAGAGAAACACGGAGAAAAAUGGAUUGUCAGGCAAGCAUGGACUUAAAUGAAUCGCUGGACUUUUUUAAUGACGUGCAGGAUGAUGGAUUUUCAGGAGAAGAGAGCUUUUUGACCGAUGAGGAACUAGAUUACCAGGAUGGUCUAGACCCCGCUGAAGAUGGUGAUAAUGAAGAAGACACCAGCCCACCCACCCAAACCAGCCAGGAAAGCUCCCAUUCGUCCGCUGAGGAGGACCCUUCCACUCCUGCUGCAGAAUCCCAGGAACCGCCAGGAAUAGAUGACGGACGGAUGCAGUCACGGUCGAGGUCAAGAUCCAGAUCCGGCAGUCCUGAAUCCACUAGGUCGAGAUCUAGAUCACCACAGCCAGCAGCCACAACUCCUUCAUGGAAGAGUGAGCAUCAGCCAGACAUCCCUCCAGAUCCCAAAAGUGGUGAUAAUGAAGAAGACACCAGCCCACCCACCCAAACCAGCCAGGAAAGCUCCCAUUCAUUCGCUGAGGAGGACCCUUCCACUCCUGCUGCAGAAUCCCAGGAGCCGCCAGGAAUAGAUCACGGACGGAUGCAGUCACGAAAGAGAGCGCGAUCAAGGUCAAGAUCCAGAUCCGGCAGCUCGAGGGGUCGACAGAGUCCUGAAUCCACUAGGUCGAGAUCUAGAUCACCACAGCCAGCAGCCCCAACUCCUUCAUGGAAGAGUGAGCCUCAGCCAGACAUCCCUCCAGAUCCCAAAAGUGGUGAUAAUGAAGAAGACACCAGCCCACCCACCCAAACCAGCAAGGAAAGCUCCCAUUCGUCCGCUGAGGAGGACCCUUCCACUCCUGCUGCAGAAUCCCAGGAGCCGCCAGGAAUAGAUCACGGACGGAUGCAGUCACGGUCACGAAAGAGAGCCCGAUUAAGGUCAAGAUCCAGAUCCGGCAGUCCUGAAUCCACUAGUUCGAGAUCUAGAUCACCACAGCCAGCAGCCCCAACUCCUUCAUGGAAGAGUGAGCUUCAGCCAGACAUCCCUCCAGAUCCCAAAAGGUUCGUCCCAACAAGAAAGCCAGGGCAUCAGCUCAACUCCACAUCCACAUACACAGCAUUGAACCUUUUCAAACUUUUUGUCAGUGAGAGUGCAGCAAUCAUUAUGUGUAAUAACACAAACAAAAACGCUGCAAAAAACAUCGCAAAUGGCAAAAAAUAUCUCUGGAAAAACCUCACCGUCGAAGAAUUUUUCAAAUAUGUAGGACUGACUUUCUAUUUUGCACUGUUGAGACUCUCAAAUAUCCGAAACUACUGGAGGACAAACACCAUUUUCAGCCAUCCGUUCCCCCCCUCGGUGAUGACACGUGACAGGUAUCAGGUCAUUUCCUGGAACAUCCACAUGAGCGACCCCGAUGAAGAUGUCCAGAACGACCAAAAAAAAGGGACGCCAGCUUAUGACCGGCUGUUUCGUCUGAAGCCCCUUUUAAAUGACGUCCAACAGGCAUGCAGAGCAUUUUAUCACCCACGGCAGAACCUUUCCGUGGACGAGAGGAUGGUGGCAACAAAGGCUCACACUGGCAUGACCCAAUACAUAAAGGCGAAACCAACUAAGUGGGGCUUCAAACUUUUUGUGCUGGCAGACAGCAGCACUGGGUACACUUUAGACUUUGCUGUGUACACUGGGAAGUCUGCGUUUGCUUCUGGUUUAGGACUGGCAUACGACUCGGUCAUGUCCCUCUUGAACAAAUCAUCCCUAGGGAGUGGCUACCAUUUGUAUGUAGACAACUUCUACACAAGUCCAAAGCUAUUCAUGGAUCUCCACAACAUGAACUUCGGAGCAUGUGGCACCUACAGGGACAACAUGCUGGGAUCCCCCCGCGCAACUAAAAACGCCAUGACAAAAAAGGAUCCCAGGGGCACCAUCAGGUGGAUCCGUGAUGGCCCUUUGGUUUUUGUAAAGUGGAUGGACGCUCGGGAAGUCUCAAUCUGCUCCACGAUUCACCCGGCCUUCUCUGGCAACACGGUUGAGAGAAGGGUUAGAAGAACUGAUGGAAGCUGGAAGGCCAAAUCCAUUCCAUGCCCAACCCCAAUCACUGAAUACAACAAGAAUAUGGGAGGUGUUGAUCUCUCUGAUCAACUCAUCCAAUACUACUCCGUUCACCAUAAAACUAUGAGAUGGUACAGGACGUUGUUUUUCCAUUUUUUGGACAUUGCCGCGACCAACAGUUACUUGCUUCACAAGGAGGUUUGUGCAGAGAAGCAGCAACAGCCCAUGACCCACAGGGCUUUUCUUGAGGAGCUGACAGCCCAACUCUGCAGUGUUACAGUUGCUGUUGCCCCCACCCAGCAACAAAGUAACCAUGUACCUGUGCCAAUAUCAGACCAAACUGAAACCAGCAAGAAGGCCUCCUAUGGUAGAAGGCAGUGUGUGAACUGCAAGCAGAAAAGGCAGGCCAAACAGGCCACCCCUUGGAAAUGCAAAGCCUGUGACGUGGCCCUCUGUGUGAUUCCUGAUAGGAACUGUUUUGAGGCAUGGCACCAGUGAACAUAGAUCUCCAUAAUAAAGGCUAGAUGUCUCGUCCGCGCUGCUGGCCAAUGGAGGUCGACGUCUGCAACUGGCGGCCAUCUUGU